GACAAGCUCACGCUAGAGAGGAUCCACGGAUCAAACAAAACGUUAAACCCUGACCUAAGUCAAUUUCGACUGAAAAUCUCCGGGCCUACAAAUUGAGAAGUACUCGGAAGAAAUUUCCCCCUCAAUUCUCUUUUUUCUCUAUCCCAUCGAUCACACAAGCGAUUUAUAUCGGCUGUUGGAUGUCAUCUCCUGAAGCACUUGUCGGCGCUUAUCCCGAUGUUGGGCAAGCCUUUGUUAGCUCUCCUCCCAUUUGCUUCUAACGCGCUCAACAGCAAUCCAAACCAAGAUGGCAGGAUACACUCCAAGAUCGUCGAAAUUCUUUCAUCCACCACUAAUGGCUGUCUCGAAGAGCUGGGUUACCACCCAAACAUAAUGGAGAAGCUAAAACAAACCACCCAACUCGUCCGAUCACUCCAAGAGGACAACGGAAAACUCUAUCAAGACAAUUGCCGGCUCGCAGUAACCAUUCAGAUACUCGAAGAGCGCAUCGCACACCACUCGGCUAAUCCGAACACUCAGAUGCAACAAUUCUCAAUGAUGCAAGAUAGAAUACGUACUCUUGAGAGUGAUCGCCUUGCUCUCGCUCGGAAAAACCAAGACAUCCUUCUCAGUGUCAAUAAAGGCACCUCACACCAACAUCUCGUCCAAGAACUCGACCGCAUGAGGGUAUAUACUAGUCGCGUUUGCAGAGACAUCCAAAUGCUCAAGGACAAAUGCGCUAUGGCUACACAAAGUGGCGAGUCUUCUUCAGGUGUAUCAUUUCGCUCAAAUUCUGUCCCUCAAAUCGCCCAGCCCAGAGUCCCUACCCCUAGCGAUGUUCAUCAGCGACGGGUAUCUGCCGAAGGUGCUCCCCGACUCCACCCAUCUCCUUUACCGCAGCAACAAUUUCAACAACAAGCACAACCCUCACGACAAAUGCGACCGCAGGUUCAGCACACCCUACCACCUCAUCAGCUCCAACAUGCCCAUCAGGCACACGCUCAAAGGAGGGUUUCUGAAGGUGUUCAAAAUCCUUACCCACCUCAGCAACCCCUUCCUACGUUGCAGGGAUGGAAGCACUCACCACCGGCACACUCACCACCGGCACCAGCACCUCCAAUGUUUAGAGCCAGGUCACCCACAGAAUUUGCACACAUGCCUUCUACUUCAGCCCCGGUUAAUACCAAUCGCCCUCAGCAACCGCAUUUUACCCAUCCGCAUACGCUUACGUCGCAAACUGUCUAUCGAAAUGGAACUGCAUCGGCACCACUCGUGCCUUUCAAUUUACACCCCAAGUUGCAUACCGUGACAUCACGUCCUACUCUAUUUGUAGAUAUGACCGGGGAAGACGAAAGGGUGACGGAGAAAGCUGGAGGUAGCCUGCUUGAUCAGCCUAGCGGUCUAAAACGCACGAAUUCUGCCAUGGAUGGUUCAGUAGUGCAGGAUAUCGAGUCGAUCAAGAGACAAAGGACCACAGAGCCCACUCAGUCGCCUGAAGAUACGAUCGUCAAUGUGAAUCCUGAGCCCAAACCAUCCUCUCCAGACACUGUAAUCGGUUCAAAACCAACCUCACCAGUCUCACCCUCACUUCCUGCACCACUUCAAGAAAAGGUGGGUGCGGCCUCAACCGGUCAAGUGGGCGCCGCAAGCGACGAGGUUUCGAUCCCAUUCACGCCUUCAGAUACUGCAGUUGGUUCCAACCCAACUUCACCAAGCUCCAUCACACCGUCGCCUGCUCAAGAACAGACGCCUGGCCCACCGAGUGGGGAUAAUUUGCGAUCCGUUGAAGCAUGUGUCUACAUGAUCUACGAGCCAGAUGCUGAAGUAGUCGAUGGAUAUUUCUGUGGCAGAUGCCUUGAUCGCUAUGACAACAAGAUGAUACCCGAACAACCGGAUGUGUUAGUGAACCCAAAGUUUGAAGACCUUUUUAUGCAUUGUACGCAAGAACAUCCCACGAUCUGGGAGGACCUCCGUCAUAGGAGAGACCUUGAGCCACCAGCACCACCACCCUUGUGACUCCCCUUCCUUCAUACCUUAUGUUUCUACACUAGUACGUCUUGCGCAUAUUAUUAUCUUAUGACCACUAGAAUUGCGAUAAUUUUACGCUAUGCACAUCACGAAAUGUCAGCCAUAUUAUGAAUACAUCUCAGUCUUGAUUCGAAUUCUAACCGCCCAUG